AUGGAUUCUGCACUUAAAGCGAUCGCAGUGAUUGCGUUUUACGUUUUUCCAAUCGCAUUGUGUGAAACUACUGGAGAAACUUUUGUCUGCCCUGAAGUCGGUGGAAAUGGGAACUAUGCUGAUCCAGCCACAUGUCGUCGUUUUUAUCAGUGUGUAGAUAAUUUUCCGUACCUAAAUCGUUGUCCUGCGGGCUUAUACUUCGACGAUGUGAACAAAUUAUGUACAUUUAAAAAUGAAGCCCGGUGUGGACCUCUUCCUACAACUGAAGCUCCAAGUACAGAGAAUCCUAUUGAUUUAGCUCAAAAAUGUGAUACAAGUCAGUGUACAUUACCUUAUUGUUUUUGCUCCAGAGACGGAACCAUCAUACCUGGUGGUUUAGAUCCAAAAGAGACACCCCAAAUGAUUCUAUUGACAUUUGACGGAGCAUUGAAUCAAAAUAAUUAUGAUCACUAUCAAAAAGUAUUUUCCCACAAUAAGAAAAAUCCUAACGGAUGUCUCAUUAAAGGUACAUUCUUUAUAUCACACGAAUACUGUGAUUAUAAUAUGGUACAAGAAUUCGCACACAAAGGCCAUGAGAUUGGUGUUGAAACUGUGUCAUUACAAAAAGGAUUACAUGAUAAAGGAUAUGAAGAAUGGGUCGCUGAAAUGAUUGGAAUGAGAGAAAUCUUAGUCAACUUUGCAAAUUUAACGAAAAGCGAUAUAGUUGGCAUGAGAGCACCAUUCCUAAAGCCUGGUAGAAACACACAAUACGAGGUAAUCGAAGACUACGGGUUCGUAUAUGAUAGUUCUAUCGGUAUACCUCCAUCUAGGGUACCAAUAUGGCCAUACUCUUUAGAUUAUAAGAUUCCACAUGAAUGCAAGUCUGGAACUUGCCCGACUAAAUCAUUUAAAGGUACGUGGGAAGUUCCUUUGAACGCUCAUUACGUGGCGACUUACGAAGGCGGCCACUGUCCGUAUUUAGAUCAAUGCGUAUUGCAUAGUCAUGAUGCUACUGAAGUGUUUGAAUGGCUCCGUGAAGAUUUCGAACGGUAUUAUUCGCAAAACCGAGCGCCUUACAUGAUGCCUUUCCACACUAACUGGUUCCAAAUUAAAGAACUUGAAGAUGGACUGCAUAAGUUCAUUGACUGGGCAAAUAAACAGCCAGACGUAUGGUUUGUCACAACUACACAAGCAUUAACGUGGAUGACUGAUCCAAAGACCACUAAAGAUUUGUCUGGAUUUGAACCAUGGAUGUGUGAUAAACCCGAACAAUUACCUUCGCCACCUUGUAAUUUACCGAACAAAUGUCCAUUAUCAUUUAAGCAUCCAGAAACCAAUGUAUCCGGAACGAGGUAUUUGUCCACGUGUAAAGAAUGUCCAAGGAAAUAUCCAUGGCUCGGUGAUUCAAAAGGAACUGGUGUUGCUGGAGCCGAUGUGUACUCUCCAGACAACAGAAAAUAGUUUAAUAAUUAUUUUUUACUUUAUAAACCAAAAAUAUUUAUUAUUUUCUUUUUUCAUUUUUUCAAUUAAUUUAAUGUUUAAUGUUUAAUUCAGUUUAAAUUAUUUGAUAAAUACCUAUUU